AUGACUACAACGAGUGACAACCGGUCAAUUGAUCAUCAAAAUCCCCCUUCCCCGGUUAAUGUUGGUGAGAGUAUGCAGGAAGACCAAAUGAGUGAAAACAAGAAUGAUCCGCAGCAAGGCCCCAAUGACUAUCCUCCAUUGCCAAGGGUGAUCAUGAUCACGAUCGCGUUAUACCUGGCGAUCUUCCUACUGGCACUGGAUCGAACAAUCAUUGCAACAGCCAUUCCGCGUAUCACCGAUACCUUUCAUUCCCUCAACGACAUCGGUUGGUACGGCAGUGCCUACUUGCUCACAUGCUGCUCAUUCCAGCUGGUGUUCGGCCGGAUCUAUACAUUCUACUCCCCUAAAUGGGUGUUUCUAAGUGCCAUCCUUCUCUUCGAAAUUGGCUCGGUAAUCUGCGGUGCCGCGCCGUCCUCAACAGCCUUCAUUAUUGGGCGAGCCAUCGCUGGCAUAGGUGCCUCCGGACUCAUGUCAGGCAGCGUCGUCAUUAUCGUCCACAUCGCGCCACUACACAAACGACCCAUGUACACCGGACUCAUCGGUGCCGUGUUUGGCAUUGCAUCCGUCAUCGCCCCCCUCAUGGGCGGCGCCUUCACGGAGAACGUCUCAUGGAGAUGGUGUUUCUACAUCAACCUUCCCAUCGGGGCCGUCACAACAGCCAUAAUCGCAAUAAUCCUGAAGCUUCCAGACCCCACACAAAACAACCUCCCAACACGCGAACGUCUAGCGAAGCUAGACCCCCUCGGCACAGCGGUAUUCCUACCUGCAAUGAUCUGUCUCCUCCUCGCGCUCCAAUGGGGCGGCACCACUUACGCCUGGAGCAACAGCCGAGUAAUAGUCCUCCUCAUCAUUGCAGGAAUCCUCCUCCUAUGCUUUAUCGGCAUCCAAACAUGGAAACAAGACAACGGAACAGUCCCACCCCGGAUCAUUCUCCAACGCAGCAUCCUCUCCGGCUUCUGGUACAUGUUCAUGCUCAACGGCGCAAUGAUGGUAAUAUUAUACUACCUUCCAAUCUGGUUCCAAGUAAUCAAGGAAGCCAGCGCCGUAAAAUCAGGUCUAAUGACACUCCCCAUGAUCAUUGGACUAGUGGUGGGCAGCAUCGUCGCUGGCGCUGGAGUGACCAGAUCCGGAUACUAUAAUCCAUUCAUGAUCACCGCUUCUAUCCUAAUGGCGGUCGGUUCUGGCCUAAUAACCACCUUUACCACGACUACCGGCCACAGCAAGUGGAUUGGCUACCAGGUUUGCUUUGGGUUAGGGUUAGGGCUCGGCAUGCAGCAACCCGCUGCCGCGGCGCAGACGGUUCUUUCCCCGGAGGAUGUCUCGACUGGGAUCUCGUUAGUUUUCUUCGCGCAGUAUUUUGGCGGUGCCUUGUGGAUUUCUGUUGCGAAUAAUAUCUUUGCGAAUUGUCUCGCGAGGAAUGUGGCUGGGAUUGCGGGUGUGGAUACGAGGGAUGUUGUAAGGGCGGGUGCUACGGCUCUACGGCAGGUUGUUGGUGAUGAACAAUUGGCUUUGAUACUGCCUGCUUAUAAUUCGGCUGUGAUUAAUACGUUCUAUGUUGGGGUUGCCUGUGCCUGUGCUACUGGGAUUGGGGCAUUAACUAUGGAAUGGAAAAGUAUGAAGGCACAGAACGAUAAUAGCGGACGGAGGCAGGACGCGGAUGUGGAGAAGAACGUCAAGAAGGGCGCGGCUCAAUAG